AUGUGUCGGCGGCUUGUUGAAGCCAUACCAAACACUAGGGCAAUAUGGACGUCAACAAAUGAAGCCAAGUUCAAGCAACUUUUUGUUUCUUAUGGUUGCUCCAUUGCAGCAUUCCGAUCAGGUUAUCUAAGGCCAGUUUUGAAAUUGGAUGCAUGUUUCUUGACCGGAUACUAUCGGGGCCACGUUCUAUCGGCUAGUGCACAUGAUGCAGAUGAUGGGUUGUACCCCCUAGCAUAUGCCAUUGUGUCUAGUGAGAAUGAUGAAGACUGGUUAUGGUUCUUGGUUAAUCUUAAGGAAGUUCUUGGAGGAUGUCAAGUCGUCUUGGUCACCGAUCGGAAUACUUCUUUGCUCAAUGGUAUAAUAAAGGUUUUUGGCGGGGAUUGUAAUGCAUGGUGUCUCUGUCACCUAAAGGAAAACUUUAGCAAGUUUGCCAGCUCAAAAGGGUUGAAAGCUGAAAGACGAAACACGGCUCUAAAGGUGGUUAAUGAUAUUGCAUACGCAAGGACGGAAGACUCAUUCAAGUAUCAUUUAGCCAAGUUGUAUGGAAUUUCGGAAGAUCUAUCAAAAUGGGUGGAAGAUAACAAUCCAACGCACUGGUCUAAUGCUUUUUUCCCUUACAAGAGAUGGGACAAGAUGUACACGAACCUUGCUGAAUGUUUCAAUUCUUGGAUAUUGCCAUUAAGGGAUUUGGACAUCAUACAAUUUAUGACGGGACAUGUGUCGAAGACCACUGAAUUGUUGCUCCGUAAGUAUACCGAGGUUAGGAAAUGGAAAUUGCCGGUUGGCAAACAAAUUGAGAAGGAAAUUAAGAAGUCUCAAGAAUAUGCUCGGAAAUUUACGCAUCGAAACUCUUCGCCUACCGAGUUCAUUGUCGCAAAUGACACUAGAAAACUUUAUGCAAUCAAGCUGAUCCCUCGGCAUUGCAGUUGUCUUGCUUGGCAGAUGUCCGGAAUUCCUUGCGCUCAUGCUGCUCGUGCUAUUCAAAGCUCUGGUUUUUGUAUUUAUGACAUGGUGGAUCCUUUCCUCAAAAAGGAGAUGCAAAUGGCGAUAUAUGAUAAUACCAUGUCCCCAGUGCCGUUGCAUGACAUGCCUAGUCCAUCAUCAUUUUUGGCUGUGAAUGAGCUGAAUGAUAAUAACGUCAACAACGGUGUUUCUUGUACUGAUCCUUUUUUACAUCCCCCCGCUGUGAAAAGGCCGGCAGGGCGACCAAAAAAGAGAAGGAUUGAGUCACAAACACAAGAAAAGGGCACAGUUUUUUGCAGCCGAUGUCGCGAACCAGGGCACAACCGUAGCACAUGCCAAUCCGCAAUACCGGGAUGA